UGGAUUUUUAUUCUUGUUCAAUGGAACCAUGUAGUUAAAUAUAUUAAAAAAUGUCAAGAUAACAAUAGUGCCCGAAAUUUAUUUGGCACUCAACGUAUUUAAACCACGCACAAUUUUCAAAAUAUUUAGAUUCCUUCAAAUAAGUAUUAUUCAUUACAACAAGUGUAACUGAAGAAUUUACAUCAAUUGAUACAACAAUAUACAGUGAAAUUGGCGAAGUGUUAAAAUUAAUACACAAUUCCAUUGGCUUUUAAGCUGUUACGCCGGAAAAUGACUAAAUUAAAAUAAAUAAAAACACAUCAAACUUCCUGUAUCAAAACUAUCCCACAUUUUCCCACUAUAUGUGCACAUUGUAUACAAAUCUAUAUAUCACACCACACCACAUUACAUUUUCUUUAUUUUUAUGUAUGCUCUUAGACUUUGAAAUUGGAAUCAUUAUUAUUUAAUGAUAUAUAAGGCGUUGGCGUUUUUCCAAAUAAUUUCUGCUUUAUAGAAAAUCAUUCUUUGCAUGUUAAAAUUGAAUUGUUUAAAUUCUGAAAAAGGAAUUAUUCACCAAGAAUUUACAAAAUGAUAAGUAGCUGUUCUAUUAAGCAUUUGAAAUAUUUUCGAUAAAGGGGUAUUUACACAAUCAGACAAUAGUAAUAGUACAUAGUAUUAUAAGAUUAGCUAUUGAUAAGAUAAAUUAGUAUGUCCAUAUUCAUACACUUAUGCAACAUAUGUACUCAAAAGAUUAUGAUAAAUGUAUAUGAAGUGUUUUUGAUCACUUGAAUUUAUAAUGUUCAGCCAAUUUGUUUACAAAAUAUUUAUAUUAAAAAUAAAUAUAGUUUCAUUUGUAUUGUAGAGUAGCAUUUCAAUCAUGAGAAUGAGAUAAAAAUCAUGUAGAUUACUACAAAACUUCCAAAAGUUGAAAAAAGUUAAAUAAAUAUCAUAGUUUUGACACAAUUUCGUGUUCACUGACUGUCUUCUAUGAUAUAUAAUGCACAAACCAUAAACUAGUUUUUUUUUUCAUUCUACAUUCCGGAAAUUCAAUGCAAACUAAGAUAAGCAUUAAUACAGUAACAAAUGCAUUUAGGAUAUAUAGCUGAUAGCGACUACUAAAAUAUAGCUAAUUUAUUUUACGACAGUUUUUAUAUGAAUAAACGGUAGAACAUUAGUUUUUUUUUUGUUAUUGCUGCCAUAAAUUUAUGAAGUGUAAAGAUGAAUUGAAAUGUUAAGGUUCAUUUAAUUAAAUGGAUGGUAAAUUUAUGCUAAAUCAAGUUGAGUGGCAUAUAGUUCAUCAUUCACCUUUCAUAUGGUCAAAGUGUUCAUUUAUUCAUUGGUAAACCUUUGGAAAGAGGAACAUAAAUAUAAUCAAGAAUACUUAUCGAAAUAACCGUCAAUAGAGCUGCUAUUGUGCUGUGGUCAAUAUAAGAAUACAAAGUCCCUUGGCCUAGUUUGUAUAUUAGUUCUUAUGAUAGUUUUUCUAUUAAGAAGCAUAUAUAAAAUAUAUUGUUAUGCGUUUAAUUUAGUGAAAAUGUCUUGAUUAUUGAAUGCAAGUUGUUAUAUCGUUUGUACUUGAUACAUUGUUUGAAUCGUGAGUUAUGAUAAUAAAUUUAUAUGUAUUAUAUAUAGAGCUACAGUUAAAGUUUAUAAAAGGUUAAAGGGACUUUUUUCAAAAAAAAAAAGAUAAAUAAGCAUGUAUGCAGCAGCUGCUGGACACUCAGUUAGUGCCAGGCAAAAAAGAAAAGUCCAACAGGCCCAAAAUGUUAAAAACAAAGCUUUACUGCAGCAAGGAUUGAAAGAUAAACUUGCUGCUUCAAGAGCUUCGAAUUUAACACCAAAAGCACAAAGUCGACAGUUUCAUAAUCUACCAUCCUCAUAUCUUCGUGCUCCACAAGCACAUGUGCGAAAGCUCAGUGCCGGUUAUACGACACAAAAUAAAAUCUUAGUACCAAUAAAUGAAUCGAACAAUCAGUACUUUGCACAUUUCCAUAAUCACCAUCACUAUCAUACACACGAACAUGAACAUCCUUCCCUAGCACAUGAACAUCAUCAUCACCAUCGGCCAGUUUCACCUCGGCCCACUUCUGCUCACCACUUGAGCACUCAACGGCUAAUAAAAUCAGCAACUGCUUCGAUACCACUUGUAUCACAAUAUGAAUUCACACCACCGGACAGUCCAUCAUUAAAGCCUCAUAUAUCCACAGUCGAUUAUGAUGAUGAUAAUGGAGAUGCAUUUAAUAAAAUAAAUGUUCCGUGCAUUGUUAUACCGGCUUCGCCAGUGCCACACACACCUGAACAAUUGGAACGCAAAUGUAGCUUCUACCGAGGAAGAAAAUGUGACGAUCAUUUAAGGAAAGACGAUACAGACUAUGACGACGAUUAUCCAAUAAAAAAGACGCUCAAGCAAUCAGGUCUAUUGGAAAGAUGGACUGAUUCGGAAUGUUAUGACUCGGAGCACCAGAGUAUUUGCACAUGUGAACACAUUGAGAAGCGAAUUGCUAAAAGAAGACGCAUGCGCAGAGAAGGACGCUUAUACGAUUUACCAAGCAAUGUAUCUGUAAAACAAUUGCAGCCGUUUCCGCAGUACCCACCCGAUCAGUGGGUCGGAGAUCUUGACACAAGCUGUGCACAAGGACGUGCAGCAUGGACGCAGGAACGCGGUCGUGUUGACAUUUCUGAAAAUCCAGCUUCUUGUCAUCGACGCUGGGUAAAACGUAAUCGCAUACACGAUUCGUCACUGGGUGGUUCCUCAGAUGAUGAUGACUUUUUGGGGGCGCUAAGAGGGCCCAGUUCAUUUGCAAAUGCUUUUCUUUAUGUGGGCCUGGGAACAGUUGCACUUGGUUUAGUUAUUGUUUUUGUUGGUACCGGUGAAAAAGGUUUCAAAACUGUUGAACUAAGAUUAAUUGGGCCGUCGUUAAUUGGUAUUGGACUACUAUGUUGUAUCCUUCGAAUCUUCUUCUGCAUAUGUCCAUCAAACUGUAUAUCGUCCAAUCGACGGAAAAUAAAGCAGAAAAAUGGAAAAAUAGAUGUUGAUCAUACAACGUCAUUGCUUUGUUCUGAUAAUAAGCGUGUGUUAAUAGCACAAUCGACACAGACAAAAUAUCCACAAGAAGCUUUAAAUUUCAUGAAGACACAUCCCAAUAGCAAAAUGAACGAGGGAAUGGAGACGCUACGGCAAAUUGCAACCACUUCAUUAUUUUUACAAAGUGAAAAAAACAACUUUUCAUCAGCAAAUAUAGCACCGAGCCUCGAAAAAAAAGUAGAUGAUUUGGAAGUUGUAAGCGUUAGCGAUGAAGAAGAUAUUGGAACGUUAGUAAACAUAAAAAAUGGCUUUGAAAAGAAUACUUCAAAAAUCAGAGAACACACAGCAUGCUCUAUACUAGAUACAGCAAUAAAAACACCAGACACAUCAUUUAUACUAGAACCAGUGCGAGAGGAGCAGCUCAAACCGAAUAAGUUAUCCAGAUUUCGAGCACCUUUGAAUCAACAAAAAUGCAUUAAAGAUUCUGUUUGUAGCAAAAAUAUGUUGGACGUACCACCAAUGAAUUUGAUUGAAUGUGAAGAACGUGAAUUAAAUUAUACAAGCACAAACUUUUCAUUUAUUUCAUCACGUGAUGAAAUUCAAGAUGAGGGGGGACAUUUGUUACCGUUGAAUAGAAUGGAUGCAGUAAAAUCUACUGUAGAUUCAAAACCAUCUACGGUACAAUCUGCAAUCACUUCUUUUUCGAACAAUGUCGGUAAUUUUGAGCCAGAGCUUGUUCUUAGCCCAGCAAAGUUAGGCCAAUAGUUCAAAUACGAAGAAUUGUUUUCCGAAAAGUUGUUUUUUUUUUUUAUUUCAAAUUUGUAUGCUGAAAAAAACAGAAGAAACGUUGAUGCUGAAAAGCUUAUGGACAAUACUUAAAUUAUUGAUUCAAGGUACAAAAUUAUAAAAUAGACCUUUACGCCAGGGGUUAGAUACUGUAAAUCAUAAUCUGUGUAAUCUUAGAUUACUUUAGAGUCGUCGAGAAUUGUUAAUUUUAUAAUGAAGUCGAAAUUUCAAUGAUUUCCGCCAUCUUGAAUUCGUGGAAUCGCAGGAAUCUUCGGUCUAAAAACCGAAUAGUUUGUUCACCUUGUGUCUAGCCCCUAGCACCAAAGACAAAGUUUUUCUUUACUUUUCAAAAUGCCAACUCUCUCCUUCUAUUAAAAAACAAGUUAAUUGCGAAGAUUAAAUUGUGUUCCACUUUGUUUUCCUACUAUACAAUAUAUAUUCUCUAACGUUCUUUUGAAUUUUUAUAUUUAUUUAUAGAUAUAUUUCGUUUUAUUUUUCACUUAUUUUUCGUUUUAUCAAUGCUGAAAAUAGUUUUCACUUGACAAUCAUAAGAGAUCAGCAAUUAUGGUUGAAUAACAGAUGAAUUAUGAAAAGUUUAUACUUCUAAAAGAAUGAAAUUUUCUUUUUCGUUCAUAUGUUUAUAAUUUUUCUGACAGUUUGAAUUCUCAUUUACCUUAAGAAAAACAACUUAAAAUACGAAAUCAAAUGGUGAUCGACAUACAUUCUUAUUUGAGCGAAUGCAAUUAAAAACUGACAAAUAUUUAACUAUAAAAACAAUGAUCGCUUUAUACAUGUAUGUAGAAAUAAAAGAGAAUGUUAUUAAAAUCAAAUGUUUUUGUUUACGGAAAAAUGAACGAAAGAGCUUCAUUUGAGAAAAUAAAAAAAUCUCGACAUUUACCCUAAAAAAUGAUGAAACAUAAGCUUUAAGGGUAAGUUUUUGUUAAGAAAAAAAUGUUGCCAAAUGUUCUAAUUCACACAAAUUAUGUAAAUUACUG